CUUAAAAACGCUUCGGAUACAAUCAUAAAUUAUGACACGGCAUGGUAUGCCGUUGCGAUAACGUGCUCCUAUUCGACGUUAUUGGAUUCGUAUGGAAAUCGUUAUUGUUUUUGCCGGGGAACAAUGGGGAAUUUACGGACGGAAGGGAUAUUACACGGCACCCGUACGGAAUUUCGCUAAUGGUACGUUCAUCUCGACUGACGAGUUCUCUCGCUGAUGGUACGAGAAAAUUGGGAGUUACAUCUCGGCGUGUUUUAUUUAUUUAUUUAACCGAAAAACCGCCAUUAGGGAUAUCCAAAAACGCAAAUGUUUGAUUAGCC